GUUGUCGAAGAGUUGAAGUUGGCGCACAGUGGGAAUCUGUAUGAGCUGCGAGGGGAGGCCGUCAAUUUCGUUGUGGGAGCGGUAGCGUGCCAAGAUUUUAUUUCACGUGAUUUAUUUAUGCUUGGCUUGAUGGGACUGCAGUGCAAGCCCACGUGCAGAUAAGAUAGCCCAGCCUUGUCAGGUGAUCAGGCUGAAACUCGCCCGCUUUCGUCAUCCGGUCUAUUCCCCGAGUUGUUGGUGGAGGAGCACGCAUCUCAUCUUGAAUCCAAAGACACGGUAGUACCACUGAAGCUCCAUCUUGAAGCGUUUCAAAGCGUUAGAAAUAUCGAGCGACCAAAGCGUUGUCUAGUUGGCGUUGUCUAUUUGCCGAAGAAAUUCUUUUUUCUACGAACAAGGUACAUCUCGGUUCUGCCGUCCGUCUACCUAGGUACAGUCAUUUGUUACAAAGAAUGUCCUCCGAAAGCCUCGACAUGCAAGCCUUACAGACACUACGAUCUCGGUUCUCCCAAUGUCUAAAAUAUUUCGCCGAGUCAUCAAGCAGAUUUGAGGUCUUACACACAAUCCCACCAUCCCAUCCGCCAUCCUCACAGUCCAUCCGCACACUCUACGUCCUCGACUCGAGCUUCAAUCCUCCCUCACGAGCGCACAUGAGCCUAGUCAAGACGGCACUAAAGAAAGCCUCAAGUUCUCCAACAGCAUCUCAAAGUCAAGCUCAGGCACCGCAACCAGCAGAACACACGUCGACUAGUGCUCCACGAGUUCUUUUUCUCCUGGCCACAGUCAACGCCGACAAGAAACCCAAACCAGCGGACUUCGAAGACCGCCUGGUCAUGAUGACCUUGAUGGCCGAGCAAUUGAGGGCCAGUUUCAAUAAUCCAUCUACUAGCAACCAUUCCACCGUCAACACUCAAGCCUCUACCAACUCUACCAACACCAACAUCGCCACAAAUCCAUCAUCAUCACCCCUUCCGAUCAUCGACAUCGGAAUCACCAAAGAACCCUACUUCACCGAUAAAGCGAGAUGUAUUGACGAGAGCAACAUUUACCACCCACCAGUAGCAGCGCCAAACCGCAACCACGUCGAAAACAAUACCAGUACUACCAGUACUGGGCAAUAUAUCGAACAAAUCCACCUCACCGGCUUCGACACCCUAGUCCGCAUCUUCACGCCCAAAUACUACCCCAACUACCACCCGCCCCUAUCGGCCUUGCAGCCGUUCUUGUCUCGUCAUCGCCUCCGGGCCACGGUGCGCGUGGACACGGAUUCACCAAGUCAGAAUCUGAAAGAUGUCCAAGCUGACGGGUCGGGAUUUGGUCAGCAACCUCAACCCCAGUCUCAACAGUCUCAACCUCAGUCACAACAACAAUCUCCGGUUUCGGCCGACUUCUCAACAAUCCAAGGCCAAUUAUCGCUCGUCUCGCAAAUCGCCCGCGGAGACUUCGAGAACCUCGGACUGAAAAGGGAAUGGGCCGACCGCGUCGAAUUGGUCGUGGACGAGUCAGGUGAGGCCCAGGGCGUCAGUUCGACGAGGGUGAGGGAGGCCGCGAGCCAGAGGAGAUGGGACGAGGUUGAGAUGUUGGUUGGACAUAAGGUUGCUCAGUGGAUUGUGCAGAGGGGGUUGUAUACUACUAGUAGUACCUAGCAGAAACGAAAGCGAUACUUGAACAUCACCAUCACCAAGGUCAUAGGACAUAACAUAAAUAUACUAUUUGAAUACACAGUACACCUCGAUGAAUAUUUUGUCAAGGAAAUCUACGUUGCCAUUUGGUCAUCGACAUAAGCGACAACAUAUGGAAGUGCAGGCAAUUGGUCCAGAGCAUUUGAUUG